AUGGUUCUGCCGCGGAUUGUUUCGCUUCGCGAGGUCGAGGCUCCCUUGGAACAGGUCGAGCUGGAGACGCCAAAACCCGGGGCGGGUGAGGUGCUGCUCAAAGUUGGAGCCUGUGGGGUUUGCCAUACCGAGUUGGACGAGAUCGAGGGCCGUACUCCACCGCCGAAGUUGCCCGUGGUGUUGGGGCACGAGAUUGUGGGCCGGGUGGUGGAAGUUGGCCCCGGUGUGCGAGACCUGGCGAAAGGCGACCGCGUGGGGGUGGGGUGGAUCUAUCGAUCGACCGGGGAAGAAGAUGAGAAUCUAAGCCCGCAGUUCGAAGCCACAGGACGCGAUGCGGCGGGAGGGGAUGCCGAGUACACAACGGUGCCGGAACAUUAUGCCUACAAGAUUCCCGACGCCUUCACCGACGAACAGGCGGCCCCGCUGUUGUGUGCGGGGGCGAUCGGUUAUCGCUCGCUGAGGCUAACCAACAUCAAGGAUGGCGAUCGAUUGGGGCUCACCGGAUUUGGUGGGUCGGCGCACUUAGUGCUGCAAAUGGCGCGGCACCGCUUUCCGAACUCGCAGGUGUAUGUGUUCGCCCGCGAUCCACAACAGCGGGAGUUUGCCUUGGAAUUGGGAGCCGCGUGGGCGGGCGAUACAGACGAUGUACCGCCGGAGCGUUUGCAAGCCAUCAUCGACACCACGCCGGCGUGGAAGCCGGUGGUUGCGGCGCUAGGCGUGUUGUUGCCCGGGGGCCGACUGGUGAUCAACGCGAUUCGUAAGCAGGAAGAGGACAAGGAGGCCCUGCUGGGGCUGAGCUAUCACGAGCACUUGUGGCUGGAACGCGAGAUUAAAAGUGUGGCCAACAUUACGGGGCGCGACAUUCGCGAGUUCCUGCCGCUGGCGGCCGAGAUACCGCUCAGGCCGGAGGUGACCACCUAUCGGCUCGAAGACGCCAACCGGGCGUUGCUCGAACUGAAGCGAGGCAGCGUUCGCGGGGCGAAGGUGAAGAUUCGACGGUCGAAGCUCUGCGCAGCGCUGGGCGUGCUACGGUUUCAGGAUGAGUUCCCCGAUAGCACCACAAAGGGUAGUAUUGCCGUAGUGGCGCUUUCGCUGGGGGCCGUGGUGCGGUUGCCCGCGGUGACCGGAGCCCAGCCCGAGGGCGAAUCGCUCGACCUGCAGUAUGCCAACGCUUACCUCGAACUGGCUAAGGCCGAACUGGCGAUCUUCCAAAACGCCAACCGAAACGUGCCGGGUACGGUUUCGGCCGAUGAGAUCGGCAUGCGACAAGAGAAUGUCCAGGCCUUCGAGCAACUGGUUCAAGAUGUGAAAGACGGUAAGGGCUUCGACCGCAUGUCCGUGCUGGUGAUGUUGGCCAAGCACGAUAUCCAUCGGGCUCAGUCGGAUAUUCAACGUGCCCGUAUGGUGAACCAGCAGGCUCCCGGCACCUUCGGCGAGGAUCGCAUCGAGAAGAUGCAGGCCCUGGAGGAACUCUCGAAGUUGAACUACGAGACCGGCAAGCAAGCCAUGAGUGCCUCGGAAGCCGAGCAACUUCGGUGGCGAGUUUCGGUGCUGGAAGAUGAAAUGAGCCAGCUUCGCGAUCAGGCCCAGCAGGAAGCCAACCGGCAGCUCAGCGAAGAGGAAUGCCGGCGGCUGCACUCGAAGUACCGCAUCGAACUUUCCGAGCAUAUCGAGAAGUGCCUGAAGCAACUGCCGAACUUUUUCCCAGGGUUCGAGCUGAGCACACUGGUUAGCGAUAUCGGCUGGGGGGCGAAGGUGUCUCGGGACGACAUGGGGACUGACGCCGAGGGGAAGCGCACCAAUUUCUACAGCCGGCCGACCCCGACUCGUUCGCCGAGUUGA